AUGUUUGCUCAGCAUCCACUACGGUACGGUUCUAAUUUCUUGGCUAAGUAUCGUUACGACAUGCGGACUGCGUAUUUCAAACAUUUACCCGACGACGAGCAGUGCCAGAUAUCGUUCCACCUGGUCAACGAGCAGCUGCGAGUGGAUAAAGUGUUUAACUUCAAUCGGAACUUGACCGAACAAAUCGACAGCAGUAUCGAGCGAAUUCGGGCCAAUGUGGAGAAGGAAUGCGGCAAGAAAACUAAACGGAAAAACAAAACUAAAAAGCCCACGGAACCGAACCAACCCUCGGAAGAUCAACUGGCGCAACCGGAGCCGGAGCCCAAACCGGUUGCCGUGACCAUCGGGACGUCUAAUGAAAAGCUAACGCAAAUUACCAUAGCUGAACUGCUGGUGAGAAUCAGCGAAGAUCCAAACGUGCAUCUUACCGUGCUCGAAAAUGAGUUUCAAAUAGCGCUCAACAGCCCCGAAGUGCAUACGGUGGCACUGCCUUCAUCUAUACUUGCCGACUUUUACGUGUACCCCUCGAAACUUGAGUUGCACUUUGCAAUGAAGGAAUACAGUGAGUUUGGCUGGUACCGAGGCAUGAUGCCUGAAUCGAAAAACGCACAGCAGAUUGCGUGGGAGGAAGUGGGAAAUGAAUUGACCUACAUGGUGAAAAAGAACGAUAUUGGCCAUCAUUUGAAGUUCAAAUGUAUACCUAAAGACGGAUCGGGAAGCAGCGGCGCGGUAGCGGAAAUCAUUUCUUUAAACCCCGUCCAGGCUGGACCAGGACAAUGCCCCUUCGAAGUACGACAUAUGUUUACUCGAGACAAACUAACCGGCAGUCAGUUACGUGUGGUUUCGUACAAUCUGCUGGCGGAUUUGUACUCGGAUAGCGAAUAUAGUCGAAAUAUCCUGUUUGGCUACUGUCUGCCGUACGCGCUGGAAAUCGACUACAGGAAGCAGCUUUUUAUUAAAGAAAUCUUGGGCUACAAGGGAGACAUCAUAUGCUUGCAGGAAGUAGAUGGUAAAAUUUUUGAUCUGGACCUAGUACCGAUUUUUCAACAAAAAAACUAUGCCGGCCACUAUCGGUCUAAGGGCAAAGUUGCGGAAGGCCUAGCAACCUUUUACGAUGUGGACAAAUUCGAACUGCUCGAGAACGACGGAGUUAUAAUCAGCGAAAUAUUGGAGCGUUACCCUGAACUGUGGGAAAAGAUCCGAUACAACCAGCCGCUAGUAGAACGGAUAGCAAACCGAUCCACAGCUUUGCAGUUAACGGUUCUUCGCUCGAGGCACAACCCAAAAAAGCAUCUACUGGUAGCCAACACACAUCUGUACUUCCAUCCGGACGCUGAUCAUGUGCGAUUGCUUCAAUUUGGCUUCGGAAUGUUGUAUGUACAAGAGCAGUACGAUCGACUAAGGCGUGAAUAUGCACUGGCGACCACAGAUUUGGCCCUGCUCUUUUGUGGGGACUUCAAUUCCGUGCCCGAGUGCGGCAUCUACAAACUGAUGACGGAAGGUUUUGUCGGUCCCGAUUUUAUCGAUUGGGAGAGCAACAAGGAGGAAGCGGUAAAGAACGUGUCAUUAGCACAACCAUUUACUAUGGACUCCGCUUGUGGGUGUCCUAAAUUUACAAACUAUACGGUUGGGUUUACCGAAUGCAUUGAUUACAUUUUCUACCAGAAGGAUGCGCUGCGCGUAAAUGACGUUAUCCCAAUGCCCAGCGAGGAUGAACUUUCCAUGUACCGAGCGAUUCCAUCGCCAGUUUUUCCCUCCGAUCAUAUUGCAUUGGUCGCUAAUCUUGACUGGGCUUCGUAAAGCCAUACCGCGGGGUUUGGGGGUCCGCGACUGCUGAACGGUAGCGUCGGUUAGAAAAUCGGCCCAUGAGCGCCAGGGCAUACCACCUUGACAGCCUAACCGAGAACCACGUACACUAAGGGAAAACGUCUAGUAGGCCCUUCAAGAGCAGGCAUGACCAACACGGUCGUUGCGCCAAGAAGCGGAAGAAGAAACUUCAUACCGGUGCGGUGGACAAAUGUAGGCGAAACGCUAGCAGAAUAAAUGCUCUUUAUAUAACACAAUAUUUAAAAAUUAACCAUCUUUUAGUGAGGUCCAAUCCCAAUAGAUAAGAUCAUUUAUUUACUGUUGAUAUGU